AUGGGAGGCAAGAUUGAGGUAUACCUUGACUGCCCCUCUCCAUAUUCGUAUUAUGCGUUUCUUCACCUCCGGAGAAACCGUGAUGUCCUAGCAUCUCAUGGAGUUGAGAUCGAUGUUCACCCUGUAUUCCUAGGUGGAAUAAACGUCGGCUCUGGCAACAAACCACCAUGGACUCUCCCAGCCAAGGCAGCUUACGGGCAGUUCGACCGAGUGCGAGCAGGGAAAUAUUUCGAAGUUGAUGAUUUCAAAGUUCCGCCAUUCUUUCCGCCUCUAACCAUUCUGCCCCAACGAUGCGCGACAUACAUCAAACAAAAUUACCCCAAGGAACGGUUUGAAAAUACAUUUUUGCUGUACUGGAAAUAUAUGUUUUUCAAACAUAUCGAUCUGAGUAAAGUGGAGGGUAUGACCGAGCUGCUUAAGGAGGCCAACUUCUCGAAUCGGGAAAUCGAUCGUAUCCUGGCAUCUGCGAAAACAGAUGAAAUUAAAAAGGCGCUGACGGACAGGACCCAGGAAGCAUUAGAUAGGGGUGCAUUUGGCGCACCAUGGUUCUGGGUCCGGAAUGAUGAAACUGGGAGGGAGGAGCCAUUCUUUGGAAGUGACAGGUUCCAUUUCAUGUGGGACUUUUUGGGUGUGCCAUUUGAUGAUGUGAAGAUCAGACCUGCAGAGAAAGCAAAGAUAUAG